AUGACGCUCUUGCUUCUUAGGUUUGCAUCAACAGAGAUCGACCAAUCAGAUUUCUACAGGACCCUCCAGUCUGAGUUUGUCGUGGCCCCAUUCUCCCAAAACCAACAACAACAAUCUCCCAUGGCGUCCACCAUCACAACCUAUGGGAAGACCACCAGAGUAACAGGGGUCCGGUUUAUCAAGGAACUUAACAAAGGUGAUUGCAAGAAGAAGUCUGGAAAGGAGUGGCGCAAACAACAAACAGCGAAAAGGAUGGCAACCCGGAAAAUAGAGGAGCGCGAAGAUGCGAUUGCCAAGGCGCAGCGGCUGGUGAGUUACCUCGAGAAGGUUGAUUCGGACAAAGACGCUUUCUUUGAAUCAAUGAAAUCUGAGAUUGAUUUGGUCAAGGAGCACUACAAAAGGAACUACGACGCCUGGAAUAAUGUGCAUGGUGCUGGUGCAACAGCUGGAGGGACGUCUGCCGCAAGCGGCACUGCAGCCUCAGGAGGGAACGCAAGUGCAGGAGGGGCCUCCGAAUGGACACCGCUGGAGGUAAAAACUCAUGUUGGUCGCAAGAUUGUGGUGGAACUCAGUGAUCUCCACUUUCUUUAUUACCUCAAGUCAUUGGACAAGCGUUUCGAAAACAGUUCUACCCUAUUUCACAUGGGGGUUCUUGAGAGAAGGGCUGUCGAGUUGGGCUUGAUUCGCGAGGAAGAUGCUAUGUCUGAAUCAUCGGGGGAAUGA